UUUUGAUAUCUAGCCAGCAGCCAUAUCCUUCUAUUUUAUUGUUCCCCGCAUCUGGGCCCAGUCUCUCAUGUUGGUCUAGACCUACGCAAUUAUCAUAUGGCGUUCGCAUAUCACAAGCUCCCUGAACCCCCGGACCGAUUGUAAUGGUACAUAGGUACAUGGAGUCUCCGCUCUUGGGUAACUGAGUGCUCGGUCUUGCAUGCUUCCCCUUGCCUUCUUUCCUUCUUCCUGACUACCAUACACCAACGCCCCUAUAGUUCCACCAAUCCUUCAUCAAAAAUGGCCGAGGGACAUAAUUCUGUGAAGGAAGUACCGACCCACACCGAGACAAUUGAGAAGGCUCAAUCCUUGGAUCAUAGUCCCACGAACGAGAUUUAUGGCUUCGAGGCGGAACUGGCGGCUCUUCCCGAUGGAUAUUAUACAAGUCGCUUCUUCCUAGGAACGUUUCUUGCCACAGGCCUGGCAAUUAUGUGCGGUACGGGUGCAUUUGGCUUCGCUGCUCCGAUCCUGGGCGUAAUAAAUGCAGACAUUGGCCCGGAUGGCCGAUAUGUUUGGAUUUCCCUCGUUUACAAUGCUGUUCUAGCAGUUUUCCUUUCCCCGGUUGGCCGUUUGAGCGAUAUCUUUGGACGUCGAUACUUUUUUGUCGGCGGCGCCCUUGUCGCGAUCAUCGGAAGCAUUGUAUGCGCUACGGCUAAGGACAUUCCGACGCUGAUUGGUGGAAACGUCUUGCUUGCCGCUGCUACCGCGACUCAAUUGAGCUUCCAUUUUGUGGUCGGAGAGCUCGUACCAAUGAGACAUCGCUACGUCGCCAUCGGCGUGACCUACGCCUUCACCUAUGGUAGCUCUGGCAUGGGACCUGCAAUUUCCACGAGCUUCAUUACUUACUAUCCAAGUGUUGGCUGGCGAGGUGUCUACUGGCUCUUACUUGCCAUGAAUACUGCGGCAUUCCUAUGCUGGACGGCGUUUUACUUCCCUCCAACCUUCGAUGAAAAGCACAAGAACGACGAGAAUCGUAGCAAGUUGUAUUGGUUGAAACACUUCGAUUGGAUUGGGACGUUUCUAUUUGCCGGUGGAUUCAUCGUUUUCCUCAUGGGUCUAUCUUGGGGCGGAAGCGUCUAUCCAUGGAAGUCGGCUGCGGUUAUCUCUGCUAUUGUCGUUGGCUUCGUUGUCCUAGUGAUCUUCGUUCUUUACGAGAUCUAUGCGCCUCUUAAAGAGCCCCUUAUUCCGAUGCAUCUAUUCAAGAAUGGCCGCUGGGUGGCAGCGGUUAUCCUCCUAGGUCUAGGGGCUGGCGUCUACUACGCAUUUGCCAUCAUCUGGCCCGCUCAAGCUGCUGUGCUGUAUGGUAAUGGUAAUGCUGUUCGAGUAGGCUACAUGAGUACCAUUAUCGGAAUUGGAAUAAUCACCGGACAAAUCGCGGCAGGGUUUCUUGCCGUUCCAAUUGGAAAGACGCGAUAUCAAUGCAUGGGAGUCUUCCUGAUCGGUGGGAUCUUCCUCGGUUCUGCCGCCGUGUCCAAUGUCGGAAACUUCGGUACGACGGUCGCCCUCAUCUUUCUGGGAUGCUUCUUCAUCGGCUGGAACGAAUCUAUUUGCCUCGCCAACGCCACAAUUCUCGUCAAGGAUCAAAGAGAAAUUGGUGUUGCUGGUGGGACUGCAGGGUCCGUCCGAGCAGCCAUCUGUGCCGUUCUCGUCGCCAUCUACGUUUCCAUCAUGACCAACCGCUUGGGUGAGACCAUUCCUGCCCAAGUCCCACCAGCUCUUGUCAAAGCAGGCCUUCCUGCUGAGAGCGUUCCGGCAUUCUUACAAGCGCUCCAACUGGGAGCCGAUGCCCUAUCCGCGGUUCCAGGGGCUACGGAAGCAAUUAUCGCCAUUGGUUCUCGCGCAUACCAGAAUGCGAGUGCGGACGCGUACAGAACAGUGUAUCUCUCUACAAUUGCCUUCUCUGGUUUGGCUGUUAUCUUGACGUGGUGGGCACCGAAUACAGAUGAGUUGAUGAGCGAGAAGGUCGCAGCGACUCUGCAUCACGAGGCACAGAAUUUGGAUGGGAAGUUGAAGGAAACGGUGGCAGUGUAG